CACCCCACCAUGCACGCCCACAGCCUGCUGUUGUUCCUCCUGCAAGUCUGGUGGGCUCUCCUCCAGGCGGGCGCCACGAUGGUAGCCCCGGUGCCCCUUCGAACGUGGGGGCAGCCCUCGUCGCCGUCCCCUCUUGCUUAUAUGCUGAGCCUGUACCGCGAGCCGCUGCUCCGGGCGGACAUCAUACGUAGCCUGCAGGCGCAAGAUGUGGAGGUGGAUGGGCAGAACUGGACCUUUGUUUUUGACUUCUCCUUCCUGGGCCAAGAAGAGGAUCUGGCAUGGGCCGAGCUCCGGCUGCAGCUGUCCAGCCCUGUGGCCCUUACUCCUGAUGUCCCACUCUCAAUUGAGAUUUUCCACCAGCCAAAGCUGAAUGAGGAUAAGGACCCACCCAACUGCCCAGAACGUCUUCGAAUGGACCUGUUCACUGUCACUCUGUCCCAGGUUACCUUUUCCUCGGGCAGCAUGGUCCUAGAGGUGACCAGGCCACUCUCCAAGUGGCUGAAGCACCCUGGGGAGCUGAGGGAGCAGAUGUCCAGCUUGGCUGGAGAGUGCUGGCGGCGGCCCCCCACAUCACCUGUCACCAAUGUGCUCCUCAUGCUCUAUUCCAACCUCUCCCCGGAGCGGAAGCGGCUGGGUGGCUCCACCCUAUUGUGGGAAGCUGAGAGCUCCUGGCGGGUCCAGGAGGGACAGCUCUCCCGGGAGAGGGCCAGGAGGCACCGUCGAUAUCACUUGCAGGACAGAAACCAACUGUGUCGGAAGGUCAAGUUCCAGGUGGACUUCAACCUGAUCGGAUGGGGCUCCUGGAUCAUCUACCCCAAGCAGUACAAUGCCUAUCGCUGUGAGGGCGAGUGUCCUAACCCCGUGGGGGAAGAGUUCCAUCCAACCAACCACGCAUACAUCCAGAGUCUGCUGAAACGGUACCAACCCCACCGAGUCCCUUCCACCUGCUGUGCCCCAGUGAAGACCAAGCCCUUGAGUAUGCUGUACGUGGACAAUGGCCGAGUCCUUCUAGACCAUCAUAAAGACAUGAUUGUGGAAGAAUGUGGGUGCCUGUGAGGAGCUCCUGCAGGUGUGUUGGAUUUGCCUGUACCCUGGAAGGUUGGGAAGCUCCUAGAAGACAAGAUAACCAUCUAAUCCAAUGAGGAGAAACAAAGAGGGGGGAAAGUCCCUCUGUCCACCAGACCUAAGGAGGAAGGGCUGCCACCCUGUCCUUGAAGGCUCUGUGGGGUCUGGUUGAGCACAGAGGAGAGGGAGGAGGAAGCCUGUGAAGCAGGCUUGCUGGGUUUUCUCUUUGCUGAACAGACAGUAGCACGUGAAAGCACUAGUCCAAGAGUCCUUUAGCUGACUUUUUUCAACCCAUGAUCCCCCGGAAAUUGUAUGCAAGAGCUGGAGCAUAUGUGCAUUUAUUUUUGAGGUGGGACAAGGUUGUAUUUAACUUUUGUGUAUUCUCAAAAGUGGCCUUUGACAUACACUCACUCACCCACACCCUUGCCGCCUGAAGAUUAAGUAUCACUAUGUAAAAUUUAAAAAGUCCAUUGGCUUUGGUUGCCUCAGGCUGGGUCAGGGAGCCCCCGCAGAGUGGAUCUCUGCUAAUGAGUUGUACAUACAAUAAAGCCAUUGUAUAGUUCUCCCAGGCCAGCUGGUGCCUUUGAAGGGCGAGGCAGGAACUCGUCCAAGAGAACUGGCCACGUUGGACUACAGAAGCUGGAGCCCUGGGGCGUCCCCAAGUCAGUCUGCUUUGGCGGGCACAAUCCACCCAAGUCUAAAGCUCUCUCGACAGUUCACCUCAGUCUGUCAAUGCGUGCUAUUAAUGAGGCCCCUGGGCUUCCUAUCCCUAGCGGUGAAGACACUGCCCUGGGUGGCAGACUUGCGUUAUGGUCGCAGCUCAGCCACUGAGAAGCUGUGUGACCUCCGGUGAGUAAUUCACUGCUCAACCUCAUCUUGUGAAAUUAAAGCAGGCGGAUCCUAGUGCCUUUCUGUGAUUCUUCUUUUCUCUCGCCAGCUGGCCUCAUUGAGCACUGCCAAAACAGGGGCUGUACUUUUUUUGUUUGGCAAGGCGAGGGGACCAUUUUAUUGGGAAUGUCAGUCCACGGUAAACUUACCCUGCUUUCCUAAGAAGCCCAUAGACUAAUGCUCCAACCUUAGGAAAAAUGAUUCCAAUCUAUGGGAAUACUUGUUUAGAGGGGACUCAAACUUGACUUGGUUGAGUCAAGGUAG